AUGGGGCUGGAGCUCAGUGCCGUUGGCCUCCAUUCUGCCUUGGCUCCGAGUAUCUGCUUGGGGCCGAAAGGAGUUUACUUUUGCCCCUUUCUCCGCUCCUCUCUCUACUCUCUGAGCCGCAGUGUGCAACUGGUAACAGCCCCGUCUGCUCUAGAUGAACCGGGUUCCGUCCACACCCACUACUGCCAUGCCGGUCUGACAACGAAUGGCGGUCUUUUCAAGCAGGUCGGUUGUCAUGGCGAACGUUGUGACGUCACACAGUCAACACUGUCUGACUUCAAAUCAAUCAUGCUGCAGGAGCAAGAGGAGGACAAGCAGAAGAGACCACCAUCUCGAUGUGAUCUACCAGUGGAUAGUCACACUCCUGCUUCUGCGAAAUCACAGGACAUUUCUCACGUGUUGGCCAGCACCUUUAAGGAGCUUUACACCAGAGUAACACCAUGCAACCUUAUGAAGGCAAAAGGGAGGAGCAGCUAUCAUAACAAAUAUGUCGAAGAACUCAAACGGGUCCGAGCUGAGUACAACCAGCGUAUUAAAGAGGCGGACAUGCUGGAGAGCCACAUCAUCCAAGCCAGAGCUCAGGCGGCCUCCACAGAGCAACAAACAGCGGAACGCAUGAAGGAGGAUUUCAAGGAUGUGCCUGAUCUCCAGGGUCUCCCUCCAGUUAAGUCAGCCUUUAUCUGGCAUGUUGAUGAAGGUCUUCUCCAAAUAAAUGACCUGAUUUCACCGCUGGACUAUUUGAAGCCACCAAAAAUACAAAUGAAGGCUCCGGCAGUUGUGAAGCCAGAUUAUACCAGACCAACCAUUGCAUACACCAUGCACGUGGCCACUGAGGCACACGAAAAAACCCAAUGGAGGAUGGAGUCUGAGAAUAGCCAGACGAUGGAGUGCAGCUCAAUGGCUCUAAAACACAAGAAAUCACCCAAUGAGAUACCGAACAGACCCAAGCCAAAGUGGAAGGAUGAGCCGAGUGCAACGGAUAGAGCAGAGGGCAAUGAUAAACUCAAGAAGAUGAAGGAACGGCAACACAUCCUCCCAAACCCGCGCUUCCUGCCUCCAAAAGCCCAUCAUGGUGUCACCUCCCUCAUCCGCCCACGUUCGGUGAAGAAUGAGGACGGGGGGGAUGGCACAGAAUCGGCGGAAAGCCUUAAAGACAAUCACAUUCAGGUCUUCCUGGCCAAACCACCUGUUGUGCUCUUCACUGUUUACAGUGUUGGACUGGUGUAUGAAACAACACUGGAGCUGAAAAAUAUGACCUUUUCCAGCCGCGACAUCAGAGUCCUCCCCCCGAACACUUCUUACUUCACGAUUGGUUUAGGGAGAUUUCCUGGACAGGGCGGUGUUGUCGCUCCAGGCAUGAGUUGUAAGUUCAUGGUGCGCUUUGCUCCAGACUCUCUGGCCGACUAUGAGGAUUGCAUAGUAGUGGAAAGUCAGGGUGACAAUACCCUUGUGGUCCCCAUCCAGGCGAGGAGACCACCUCCCAUUCUCACUUUGCCAAGCAUUCUGGACUGUGGUUACUGUCUCAUCGGUGGAGUAAGAUGUGUUGAAAUCUAUUGUCAGAACAUCGGCCUCAGUGCUGGCACCUUCUGUAUCUUGCCAAAGAAUCAAUGGCCAGCUACAAACCCCAGACUGGCGUUUGCAAAUAUUUAUUCUGAACAGGCUCCUUUUGCCGUAAGCCCGUCUUUCUUCGCACUGCAGCCCGGAGAGACCACUGUAGUCGAGGCAGUUUUCUUUCCCACCACCACAGAAAAGAUUUCUCAGAUUUUCACCAUCGUGUGCGACAAUUGCCAAGUGAAAGACAUUUGUGUUCAAGGUGAGGGCCAGCUUAUCGCUCUUGAGCUGUUGUCUGUUUCUGGCAAGAAGCAGCACUCCGUGUUGGGGGAACUGCACGACAUCACCGCCGACCACUUUGUCCGAUUCGAACCCUGCAACUCUCAUUCGGUGCAGCAGAAGACUGUGGUCAUCAGGAACAACGUCCACUUGGAGCUUCCUUUCCACUGGCAGAUCAUGAAGCCUAACAUACUGCCGCUGCUUUCGAACCAAGUCCCCGAGCCCUGCCACAUCCAGUACCACCUUGACAAAGACAACAUUUUUCAAGUUACCCCUGCAAUGGGAAUUUUAGCCCCGUGCCAGGAUCGAGAGUUCACAAUCACAUUCUAUCCCAAGGAGAGGCAGCAUUACCACAGCGUGUGCCAUUUGGUCCUGAGUGACAUCCCCCAGCUGCCGUUGGAGUCUUGCAAUGAGGGGUCCGGUUCCCUGCAGCCUGUGCGCAUUGGCUCCAACGUAACUGACGCCACUGUCAUGGAGAUCGAAGUCAAGGGGACGACUGUGCCCUUCAACAUCCUGCUGGAACCGUACGCCCUCAUCAUCCCUGGUGAAGUCUAUAUAUUCACCACAAUUCAGCGACAUUUUAAGAUGUGGAACCACAGCAAAACAACUGUGUUCUUCCAAUGGGAUGCAAUGAAGGGCAGUCGUCACAAAAUAGAAGUAGAGCCUGCAUCAGGAAAAAUAGAAGCGGAUGGGUGUUUAGUUUUUAACUUGAUUUUGACUGGGAGCAAACCAGAGAAGGUGGUGACCAGUCUCCUUUGCCGUAUCGAGCACCGGAGCGAGCCUGUUACUUUGCUGGUUGAAGUCGCUUUUAAGGGUCCAAGCAUGACCGUCAGUGCUCCCAGUGUAGACUUUGGUCUUAUGAGACUGGGAGACCAGAGCCAAAAGAGGGUGAACCUCGAAAACGUCACAAAGCUAGCGGCUUCAUGGAGGCUGGAGGAGGUGCACAAGACUCAAGAUAGCGGCCCAGAACCACAGCUGAUCGUGGAGCCAUGCAGUGGUGUGCUGCCUCCUAUGACCGGCUGUAUAGUUAAUAUCCACUUCAAACCGAAGGUCUGCCAGAAGCUUGAAACGGAGCUAGAGCUAUUGGUGGAAAACGGAACAGGAUGUCACUUGCAGAUUCGAGCAGAUGUGCAGUCUCCUCAGCUGUGUCUUCUCAGCUGCGAGCUCCUCCUCUCUGAACUUUACAUGGGCGUGGCUGCACAAGGAACAGUCACUCUCUUUAACCAGACACUUCUGCCGUCCAAAUUCUCCUGGGUGGCUGAGCUCAAAGGUCAGCAGGCAUCCCUCUGUUCAGCGAGUUUUCAACCCCCAAAGGGCACCCUUGGACCAAACGCCUGCUUGGACAUCACAGUCUCCUUCAUGUCUCACACGGAUUCUGCCCUGAAUGACGUCAUUGCACUCUGCGAGGUGGAGGGCAUGAGCUCACCUCUGGUUCUCAGCAUCCUAGCACCUACCACCCAGAGACUACGAGUAUCCUACUCUCUCCCCAGGGACAGCAAUUCGACUCUGGACGACACAGAGAACACGGAACCAGAGUUGAUUGUAGACUUUGGCGAGGUGCUGCUGGCGAGACCUGUCACCAAGCAGCUGCUGAUUACCAAUCACACUGCCAUUCCUGCAACCUUUACCAUCCAAGCAGAGUUUUUCAACUCGGACGCGUCAAAGCCCUGCAACCAUUUGAAGAUAAGACCCCAAUACAUGAGAAAACCACUUCACUCAGUCCAAGCUAAGAAAUUAGAAGAGCAGUCACAUAAGGACUUUUUGAGCAAACUGCUGUCUCAGGGAAAAGGCGCAGCGUUCUUCAUCGUGCCAAGCGCUGGAACACUGGAACCCUUUGAGACCCAAACUGUGAACGUGACCGCCUACAGUGACAUGUGGGGGGAGUACAAGGAUAAUCUCAUAUGCAAGGUUGGGGACCUUAAGCCCAGCCUCCUCCCUAUGCAAAUGAACGUUAAAGGCUGCCCACUCUACUUCCAAAUCACAGGUCCACGUCCUGAUGACCAGCACCAGGGACCCAACGUCCAGUUUGGUACUCGAUUAUCUGGGGGUGACACUAUCACCCGCUCUCUUCGCAUUAACAACCCCACCUGGUUUGAUAUCCGUCUGGACUGGGAGAUGUACAACGUCGUUCCAAAAAACCGCAAACUGGUGGACCUCCUCAUGUCAUAUGGGGAAAGCUUCCCGAUCAAGGAUGCCAAUGAAAGUUUGAGGGGCGUGUCGAGGCUUUCCAGCGGAGAUAAUACUUGGAGGAGUCGCCUGUUAAGCUCAAAAACUUCUCUCCGUACUCCCACUAACACAGAGACGGAUGACCAAAAAAAACCUGCAAAGAAAAAAAUGUUGUCCGUCCACAUUCGACCUCAUGUGGGAGAAAAGUCAGAUGAGCCAUACUGUGUCACACCACAGCAAAUUGUGAUCCCAAAAAAAGGCUACAGCACCGUGCAUAUGGCUUUCACUCCACUUACCUUGCCUAAAGGAUCUUGCGAGGCUAAAUGCAUUGGCUUGGCACUGGGCUACAUUAGUUUAGACUCUGAGGUAGCUGCCUGUGUUCCUGGUAAGGUGACACGGGACUAUGCUUUUGAUUUGGAGCCCAUAAGAGUGGAUCUAUAUGCGAUGGUCAAGCCUGCAGUGCUUUCAGUACAGAUGGAAGAUGACAGCAAAGUGUUGGAAUUUCACACCUCGGCCGGUGAUUUAAUGAAAAUCGAGGAAGACGUGGUGUCACUGGAAGACUUUGACAACGUGCAGAGCUUCCUGUUAAAAAAUACCACCGAGAUGCAGUUGCGCUUCAGACUCAAGACUCAGUCACCAUUUUCAUUGAUUAGAGUGCCGCCUCGAGCCGGGUCUCGCGUCUCCAGCAAGUCGUCAAUCUCUGACCCCCAGAUGCUGAUUCUACAUUCCCAAAACAGCAUACUGGUAAGGGUGGCCUUUUGCUGCUCGCCAUUGCUUUUGGACUACAACGAACAUCCGGCAGACAGCGUGACAGUCGUCCAAAGUGAUAGUGGAUACAAGCAGCUGAAGAUUCAACAAGAUCUCCUCAUUCAUUAUAGCAACAACAGUCAGCAGAUGGUGCCGCUCUGCGCACACGUGAAGCUUGCAACACUGUCUCUGUCUACUGAAAACAUCAAUUUUGGCUUCUGCUACGUCGGCCAUAUGCAGGCGAAAGAAGUCAAGCUGUAUAGCCUCGGUUGCCAAACUCACUGGUCAUUGCGCAUAGAGUCGAGUGAAGACACCCCCCAAGUCUUCAGCGUGACGCCCUCUUCGGGCCUCCUCCGCUCCAAGGACCACCAACCUACUAGUGAUCACUGCCAACGUCUGGAGAUCGGCUUCAUCGCCAGUGAGGUGAAGCAAUACCAUGCCACGGUGGUGAUCACCUCCAUCCUUGAGAGGAAUCCGCUCCUUUUGCAGCUCAAAGGAACAGGAUCCCGAGAGAUGUAG